CAUUUUCACAUUUUUAAUAAUGACAAAAAUACAAACAAAAGACAUCUGAAAAUCUUCGAGUGAAGCCUAAAGAAACGAACAAACAGCUUAAAAAGGAAAAAAACAAUCACAAAUAGGAAAUACUUGCAAUAAAAUAUCUAAAUUGAUAAAAGUAGAACGAUUCGUUUCCAGAAGAGUGGAGGUGACAGAAUUUUCAGAUACUAAAGAAAGCGAUAGCAGAUUUUAUUUAUCUAAACUUAAUUACAUAAUAAAAAAUGUCACAAUACAGAGUAUAUGUGAUUUGAGCCUUCUCCGCUUAACAUAGCCUUUAAACUUGAAAAUCCGACGCAAUGCAGGAGCUGAGGCUCCACAUUUUUCACAUUCUCGUCGCACCAUCACCUACAAGAUAUUAACUGCACAAACUAUACACGAUUUUCGUUAAUAUAAGGAUGUGUUAAACCGGUAAGAAAUAACGAAAUAUUCAGUCUUUUCGCAGUCUCUUCUUGUAACGUUUUGAACACAAUAUGCAAGACAAUUACUUAAUAUUCUUAAUUUUAUUGAUUUUUGUGCGUGAAUUUGCAUUGACACCAAUAAUGAGAUGAAGAAAACACCCAGAGGGGGAAAAAAAAAAACAAUCGUAAAUAUACUAGAGACCAUCAGGAAUUUUACUUACAAAACAUGGUAUCCUCCGCAAGCAAUACACGUCUGAUCUACAGAGAAAAGAGUUAACGAAGGCUUUCCUUCCCAAGGUUCAACAUUAAAGGCACAUCUCUCCAGCACCGGUGGCUGUUCACCACAGAACACAGAAGACACGAAGCUUCCAAAGGAAAGACCAGAAAUAAAGAAAUGUACAUGUUUAAAUCUCGUGCUCUCUGCUGCUGUCAUCUGGGCUACAGGAACGGGACGCGCACAGAAUGUAAGUGAACGAUCCAGUUUACAUCCCACGCUUCGUGUUUUAAAGAUGGAUCUAAUUCUGGAAGUUAAACCCCUUCAACGAAAAAAAAAACACCGCCGAUUGUUUCUUAAUCCGACAAUACUAUCUCCUUCAUCGUCCACCUUCCACCCCACUGCUCUUCCAGCGUCUAUUCUACCACAGCUCCUCAGGAAGCAGCACCGGGCGCCGGCGAUGGCGCUGAGGGUCGCUGUGGGGUCAGAGGGUAAAGGUCGUUCACCCAGCAUCCUCGGCUGUAGAUACACAGCCAUCUUGGAUCUGCGAGGAGAAGAGAAAUUAAUGCGGUGACAAACAGCAUGUUUAGUGCUACAAGAAAGAAGUUUGUAGAGGGGGUCGAAAGUGACUACCCUGAUGAAAGCCUCUACUACAGCCAGCCGUCGAUGUUCCCACAUCGAUCAGAAAAAGACAUGCUGGCAUCCCCAUCACCCUCAACGUCAGGUCAAUUGUCUCAGCUUGGUGCAAGCUUAUAUGGGCCACAAAGUGCACUAGGCUUUCCAAUGAGGGGAAUGAACAACAAUAACCCUCAGAUAAAUCGCAGCUUAUCACAAGGUACCCAGUUACCGAGCCAUGUAACACCUACGACAGGCGUACCGACAAUGUCUCUCCAUACUCCACCCUCACCAAGCAGGGGUAUCCUGCCUCUGAACACAAGGAACAUGAUGAACCACUCCCAGGUUGGACAAGGGAUUGGCAUGCCUGGCAGGACCAACAGCAUGAGCAGUUCAGGGUUAGGCAGUCCAAACAGAAGCUCACCCAGCAUAAUAUGUAUGCCAAAGCAACAACCAUCUCGGCAGCCUUUUACCAUUAACAGUAUGUCUGGAUUCGGAAUGAACAGGAAUCAGGCGUUUGGAAUGAACAACUCGUUAUCAAGCAACAUUUUCAAUGGAACAGACGGAAGCGAAAACGUGACGGGACUGGAUCUCUCGGACUUCCCAGCACUAGCGGACAGAAGUAGAAGGGAAGGAAGCGGCAAUCCAACCCCGUUAUUAAAUCCUCUGGCUGGCCGGGCCCCAUAUGUCGGGAUGGUAACAAAACCUGCGAGUGAACAGUCCCAAGAUUUCUCCAUCCAUAACGAGGAUUUCCCUGCACUGCCUGGCUCCAGCUAUAAGGACCCCACGUCGAGUAAUGAUGACAGUAAAUCGAAUUUAAACUCGUCAAGCAAGAAUGCGUCUAGUACAGAUGGGCCCAAAUUCCCUGGAGACAAAAGUUCAACAGCGCAAAACAACAACCAGCAGAAGAAAGGGAUUCAGGUGUUACCCGACGGUCGGGUGACAAACAUUCCUUCAGGAAUGGUAACGGACCAGUUUGGGAUGAUUGGUUUGUUAACAUUCAUCCGGGCAGCAGAGACGGAUCCAGGGAUGGUACACCUUGCGUUAGGAAGUGACUUGACAACACUAGGGCUCAAUCUCAACUCUCCAGAAAAUCUCUACCCUAAGUUUGCAUCUCCAUGGGCAUCAGCACCUUGUCGACCUCAGGAUAUUGACUUCCAUGUUCCAUCUGAGUAUUUAACGAACAUUCACAUAAGGGAUAAGCUGGCUGCAAUAAAACUUUCGCGGUAUGGAGAAGACCUGCUUUUUUACUUGUACUACAUGAACGGAGGAGACCUCUUACAGCUUCUAGCAGCAGUUGAGCUAUUCAACCGAGACUGGAGGUACCACAAAGAAGAGAGAGUGUGGAUCACAAGGGCGCCGGGAAUGGAGCCAACAAUAAAGACCAACACUUAUGAGAGGGGGACAUACUACUUCUUUGACUGUCUUAACUGGAGGAAGGUAGCUAAGGAGUUUCACCUGGAAUAUGACAAACUAGAAGAAAGGCCUCAUGUGCCAUCGACUUUCAACUAUAACCCAGCUCAGCAAGCCUUCUAAAAGACUUCCCUGUUCAUGGGGUAUGGCUGUCUCAGCACAUUACUCACUGAAACUGCAGAAACUGAUGUGGCUCAGGCAUCCUGGUUUUUAUUCCUUGAGGAUCUGGCAAUUGACUUAGGCAGAGGGUUCACCAUUUCGAGGGUCCUGCCUUAUUGAUUAUGUGCUGCCCAACACCUAAGCUUCUUCUUUUAUUUUUAUUCCGUUUUUUUUUUUAGUUUGAGCAGGGUCUGAAUUUUGUUUACGCCUCUUUUCAAAUGCCCGUUUGUUCAAAGGCAGGAACACUGACAAAAUAAAAAAAAAGGUUUAUGCUUAAUUUUCCAAAGUGUUAAAAAAAAAACCCAACAAAAUAACAACAAA